AUGGCGGUAAAUCCAACGUGCCAACGAGUGGACAACUCGUUGCGAUUUCCUCCUUCCUCGUGUCGGAGCGGAUUCGACUUCUCCCUUCUGUUUGAGGAGCUGAUCUUGGGGAUUUUGCCUCUGGGGGUCGUUCUCGCAUUGGCAUGCGUACAAUUAUGGCGUGAUGCUCGACGACCGCGCAAGGUGGUGGCAGGCUCCUGGCCUUUUUGGGCCAAACUGACACUCUGGACCGCUCUCGGUGUCACGCAACUGGUCCUCACCGUCCUAUGGGCGCUGCCCUCUGCAACACGAACUCAAGCCUCCGUCGCGGUCAAUGCUGUGAGCAUUGUCGGCGUCUCGAUGCUGGGCUUGCUCUCCUACAGCGAACACAAUCGUUCCGUGAGGCCAUCUUUUCUAAUCAACCUCUACCUCGCGACCACUCUUCUGUUUGACAUCGCAAAAACGCGAACACUAUGGCUUCGAGACCCGCACGGGAUCAACAAACCCAUCGCCAUCAUCACCUCGCUGUGUGUUGGUAUCAAGUUCCUGCUUUUUUUACUCGAGGCUGUGGAGAAGAGAGGCUUCCUCAAGGCAGAGUACAAAGACUACCCUCCCGAGGCUGUCGCUGGGAUUUACAAUAGAUCGUUCUUUUGGUGGCUCAAUCCUUUGUUCAGGCGCGGGUUCUCCAAGAUCUUGGCUGUGGAUGAUCUCUUUACCCUCGACAAGCAACUAGAGUCUAGGCAACUGCAUCGUGCUGUCGAAGCCGAGUGGAGGAAAGGACAGGCUGGAGGAUCGGACGGUCUGUUAUCGGCAUGCCUUCGAACCUUCAAAUGGCACGUGUGUGCGGUGAUUCCACCAAGGCUUAUGCUAGCGGCCCUAAAUAUCUGUCAGCCAUUGCUGCUUGAGAGGUCAUUGACCUUCACCGAGCAAGCUUCAGAUCGCGCCACCACGAACAUCGGCUACGGGUUGAUUGGGGCUUACAUCUUGGUAUAUACCGGGCUAGCGGUCACCAUGGGCCAGUACCAACAUUUGACAUAUCGUUCCAUAACAAUGGUCCGAGGCGCUGUUGUCUCAAUGAUCUACAAGAAGGCAUGCUCUCUCAGUACUAAGGAUGCCGACCCUGCUGCGUCCGUUACUCUAAUGAGCGCCGAUAUCGAGCGCAUCGUUCAAGGUUGGCAGACGAUGCAUGAUAUCUGGGGAAAUGCUUUGGAAAUCGCAUUGGCGAUCUAUCUCCUCGAAAGACAAUUGGGAGUGGCGUGUGUGGUCCCAGUUGCCGUUGCCGUUGUGGCCCUUGUUGGCUCGAUUAUAGCAAUGUCCUCUGUGAUGUUGAAGCAGGCUUCGUGGUUGCAAGCGAUUGAAAGAAGAAUAUCCUCCACAUCUUCGAUGCUCGCUUCGAUGAAGGGGAUAAAGAUGCUUGGCUUACAAUCCGCGCUUCUGGCAUGCGUUCAUAAUCUGCGUCUUGAUGAAUUGAGGAUUUCUCGAGCUUUUCGGAAGCUAUUGGUCUGGAAUAUGGCUCUAGCAUGGUUGACUCGAAUUUUUGCGCCAAUUCUCGCAUUUGGAGCAUUCGUCGGAAUUGCCCACGAUCGGGGCAAUGAUCGCGCCCUGACAACGUCGGUUGUGUAUACUGCUUUGUCCCUGUUUUCCCUCCUAUCAGACCCUCUUCUAUCACUUGUAAUGGCCCUUAUGAACUACGUCGCUUCGGUUGGCUCAUUCCAGAGAAUUCAGGAGUUUCUUGAGAAGGAGAGUCACCAGGACCCAAGAAGCCAGUCAGCCGCACUCCCGUUCCAAGUUGAAAGUAUAAUGAAAAAUUCAUCAAUAACCACUGACGUCGAAACCUUGACCAACGGGUCAAACUCCUCUCAAUCUUGGAAAGGGUGUUCCUCGACCUCAUUCCAUACCGCCAUCACAGUCCAGAGCGGGGAUUUUGGAUGGGAUAUCGCAAAGGCACCCAUAUUGAGGAACAUAAACAUCGCAAUACACCAAGGCAGCUUUGCCAUUUUCAUCGGGCCGUCCGGCUGUGGGAAGUCCACUCUUCUGAAAGCUCUGCUCGGUGAGGUGCCUUGCCUUAAGGGUAGCAUCCAAAUCCCCUCUCAGAGCAUCGCGUUCUGUGAGCAAACGCCCUGGCACAUGAAUGGGACAAUCAAAGAUUGCAUAGUCGCGAUGUCUGAUUUUGACGCCAAAUGGUACAGCUCCGUCAUAUACGCGUGCGCUCUGGUCGAAGACUUCAAGCAGCUCCCCCGAGGCGACCAAACUGUUAUUGGAAGCAAAGGCAUAGCUCUCAGCGGCGGCCAGAGUCAGCGAAUUGCACUUGCAAGGGCUGUCUAUGCUCGAAAAGACAUCGUUAUACUGGACGAUGUAUUUUGUAGCCUUGAUGCGACCACCGAAGACCACAUCUUUCAUCAUUUAGUGGGUACCCAUGGCCUUCUACGCUCAAUCGGCUCCACAAUCAUACUCGCGUCCUCUUCAGUGAAGCGUGUUCCUUAUGCAGAUCUCAUCAUGGUGCUUGACAAUAAUGGCUGCACUGCGGAACAGGGGAGUUUCAAGGCUCUUGACUCCGCGGGGGGCUAUGUCUCAAGCUUCGGUCUUGGCCUUCCGGAAUGGAGCUACAAGGGUGGUUUACUCCCUGCGCCGGAGGCUCAGACCAGAACCCUCGAUAAGGUUGACGAAGCUGAAAAUGAGACACACGAGAAGGGAGGCGAUUUGUCUAUUUACUUGUAUUACGUUCGUGCUAUCGGCUGGCUUCCCACAAUCAUCUUCAUUGUCGCCAUGUCAAGCUUCGUCUUUUGCUUGUCUUUUCCGAGUAUUUGGGUGAAGUGGUGGGCAGCCUCAAAUGAAGCCGAACCUGGCAAGCACGCGGGAUACUACAUAGGGAUCUACGCCAUGCUCGGAGCUAUUGGCAUGAUAUCCCUUAUUGUUGGAUGCUGGCAAAUGGUUAUCAACAUGGUGCCGAAGUCCGGAGAGGUCUUCCACAGAGCUCUGCUGAGCACGGUUCUGAGUGCACCCAUGUCGUUCUUUUCGAAGACAGAUAGCGGCGCUAUUCUGAACAGAUUCAGUCAAGACCUGCAGCUCAUCGACAUGGAGCUUCCCAUUGCUGCUAUUAACACAUUCGUCACCCUCACCCUUUGCAUAGCGCAAAUGAUUCUCAUGGCAGUUGCUUCUAAAUACGUGGCAAUUUCCUUUCCUGUGGUCAUUUCCAUCGUCUACCUAAUACAGAAGAUAUACCUUCGCACAUCACGCCAGCUGCGAUACCUUGAUCUCGAAGCCAAGGCCCCGCUCUUCUCCCACUUCACCGGUUGUCUCAGUGGUUUGGUGACCCUUAGGUCCUUCGGGUGGCAGCAUGAAUUCCAGGAAAAGAACCACAACCUCCUGGAUUAUUCUCAGAGACCAUUCUAUCUCCUCUAUGCCAUCCAGCGCUGGCUUACUCUCACUCUGGAUAUGGUGGUAGCGGGCAUCGCGGUUCUACUGAUCAUUCUCGUCGUCGUGUUACGCGGGUCUAUCAGCAUAGGUUACGUUGGAGUGGCGCUGUUGAACGUCAUCCAAUUCAGCCAGAGCAUCAAGCUGCUGAUCACAUUCUGGACCAACCUUGAGACACAUAUUGGUUCAAUCCAGCGAGUGAGGUGGUUCACACGAAACGUACCAUCAGAGAAUCAACCCUCUGAGUGUGAUGAGAUUCCGCCAGAGUGGCCUUCGCAGGGGGUUAUUGAGUUCAGUCAUGUUUCGGCUGAGUAUAGACCAUCUGAGCCAGUUCUCAAUGACGUCUCUUUAUCCAUCCACGCUGGUGAGAAAGUCGGCAUCUGCGGAAGGACCGGCAGUGGCAAGACCUCUCUCAUAAUGUGCAUCUUCCGUAUGCUCGAUAUUAGCUCGGGGCAGAUCCUGAUCGAUGGGCUGGACCUCACGAGACUACCGCGCCAGGAAAUCCGCUCUCGGCUGAACGGUGUCGCCCAGAGUCCCUUUCUCAUGAAAGGCAGUGUGAGAGCCAGUAUAGAUCCGACAGGCUCCCUUUCAGACCAGUCCAUCAGCAACGCUCUCAGGAGCGUCGGCAUUUACUCCAAAAUCCAGGACAACGGCGGUCUGGACGCGGACAUCGACGACGUCUUCCUCUCGCAUGGGCAACAGCAACUCUUUUGUCUGGCAAGGGCCAUACUUCGGCCGGGCAAGAUUCUCGUGUUGGAUGAAGCCACGAGCAGUGUCGACUCCAAAACCGACCAGGUCAUGCAGCAGGUCAUCCGCGAGAAUUUUAGUGCACACACCAUCUUGACGGUUGCGCAUAAGCUCGACACUAUCCUCGACUACGACAAGGUCAUCGUCAUGGAAGCGGGUCGGGUCGUGGAGACGGGUGUGCCGCAUGAGCUGCUUGCUUCGGAGAAGUCGCACUUUGCCCGAUUGUACGCCAGUCUAUCGACAGACGAGGAUGUUCGGGAGUAGUCACAAUCCGUGGGCGGCGCAUUAAUUGCAUGAAGACAAAAGCAGAGGCCUGUCAAUUCUCGGCGUUCGGCAUACAGGUCAGGUUCAUUCCUUUUCUUCUUGGGGUUGGGGUUACAG